AUGUUGGGAAAUAAGCUUCCUGAUAGCAGAGUUAUUGAAAAGCUUCUUGUUACAUUACCUGAGAAGUUUGAACCAACCAUUGCUUCCUUAGAAAAUACCAAUGAUCUGUCAAGGAUAACUUCGGCAGGAUUACCAAAUGCAUUGCAGGCAGCAACAAAGGAGAAAAAUUCCCCCAUAUCAAUAUUGCGAAAGGAAGAAUCAUCCUCACUUCAAAUGCUGGAGAAAGUCGGGUAUGAGAUGCCAAAAAAUAUCCAAAAUUUGGGCAUGCUGAGAUCAUCUGCAAAGAGAAUGGACGACAACAACAACAAGGAGAAUCUCAAGUUGCAAAUCAACAUGAGGAAGAACACUUCUUUUUUCAUCAAGUUUUGCAUCUAG